AUGGCCCCUUUUUCGUUCUUUGGGCUAGCAGGACAUGAACACACUAUUCUUCGUCGGAGCCUGGCUGCGUCCGAUCUCCUCCUCAGCUGGAUAUAUCUCAACAUCAUCGUCAACACCGUCCUCCCUCUAACUCUCGUCAUCACGUUCCUUGUCUCUUCACGCGUCAAGCGGCAUCCUACGCUUGUCAACCUGUUUAUUACUUGGAUAUUUUCUGGGCAGUUUGCAGUCAUUUUAUUUUAUGUCAAGGAACAUGUUGGUCCUGAGCCUGACAAGGCUGUAUGUAUCGCUCAGGCAUCGUUGCUAUUUGGGACGAUACCGAUGUGGUCGGUCGCCAUCCUCGUCAUGCUGUCGUACAUGGUCCAAUCACUCAAAGGGGAGGCAAAGCAGGAGACCACUGCAAAACUCGUCGUUACACUCGUCUCGCCGUACGUUGCAUGGUUCGUCUUCACUCUGGCGGCAUUUUUCCUUGCCACCGAGCGUCCGGAUAAAGUCACACGAGCCAGAACCACUUUCUACUGUUCUCUCGACUUCCCACCGCUCGAUAACGGGAGGCGCGCCAUCGUUUUCUUCAUCUGCCUAGGGAUCGUUGCUAUAGAAGUACAACUCGCCUUAAUCGUGUACCGCACCUGGCGCGGCCUCCGCAGCGCAGGACGAUGGAAGAUGGCGGAUUUCCAGCUUGUUUUUCGGGUUUUGGGCUUUGCAAUCUAUGUCACUGCGGGGAUUGUUAUCAACUUAGUUUCGACCGUGUAUCCCGGUUCUGUCUUUCCAGAUAUGUAUUCUGCCACAGCUGGCAUUGUUUUGUUUCUCCUUUUCGGAACACAGCCUGAUGUUCUCCGAGUAUGGUUCUUCUGGUUGCCAGCAAUCAGCAAGCGCCGAAAGCCCAUCCUCGUCCAGAGCACACUAUUUAUUAACCCCUCUUCGCCUCUCGAUCUACUAAAGUCCGCUCGACCGGAGAAGGUUGCUGAAGCGUUUGCUGAUCUGCCUCCUCUACCGCCGCCUAAAUCGAAAGAGUACCUGGCGAACAUGAACAACAUGGGUAACAUGAAUAACAUGCGACCCACGGUCUUCAUCGACAUAUCCCGACCUGCUCCUACUCAUGUGAAGCUGGAGCCUGCGAGGUAUGGCCACGAGAGGGCGUAA